AAACGGAACACCCCCGUCUAGGACACGAGCCAGCUUCAUUAGAAAUCCAGGGAGGAUUGGAGGGUUUGGUUAAGAGGCCCCCGCUCUUUCUGCUGGGACAAAACUACAUUAAGCUCAGCCUUGUUGUUAUUCUGUUACUCCCCUUCAGUGGCAGCCACAAUAACAACAAGAAGAAAAAGUUCCGUUUUCGCUACAGUAUAAAUAGAUCACACACUUUCCAAAAAAGCAACACCACAUUCACUCUUAUCAGUGUCUCUUUCCACCAGCACUUCAGAAAAAAGAAGUCAGAUUCCGUGAAUGUAGCUAUUUUCUGAUUCGUCGCUUGCGGUUAAAAGCUGCUAAGAAAGUGAGUAGGGGUUUGACUGUACUGUCUCGGCUCCGCUCGUUUUCUUUCCGAAGUUUAAUUUUCCGGAACGACUCCUAAAAAGGCACGGAGAGGCGGAGCCCUCAGGGACCGGAUCCUCGCCUUUUUAGGCAAGAGCCUAAGAAACCGGAAUAUCCCUCGCUCGGUGCUUCGUGCUCUGCGAGCGAGACAAGCACCUCCCACAGGCUUUCCCGAUUUGCGUGCACUGGAUCUGUUACUAUCUUUAUAAAAAGUUACGGUCCGUUGCCGAAAAUCCGCGGCCAAGCAUCAGCCUGCCUGUGAGAGGAGCAGCUGCAGCGGGCGCGGAUCCGACUACAGAGAGACCGCAUGCUAAUCUCCCAUGUGAUGAUUCCGCCCGGCUCGCCCUUCCCUGUUCCUCAGUCCUUAUAUGGGCAGUGACGUCCUGGGCAUUCAGGGCCUCCCCAUAAAUACUUACUGCAACACUUUCCAUCUACUGAGAGCUGCAAGUGAUUAACAGCUCUGCAAGGGACACUGACUGUUACAAUAACACUACAGCAACUACUGGGCUUUUACAGAGCAAUACAGAGGCAGUAACAGACUUUAAGUAUAAACUUACUUGAUUUUUUUUUAGCGUGGAAGAAACAAAUAACCCUAUACAGUAUUAACACUACAAGUGGUGAAAGUUGUUUUCAAGGUUGUUUAUUGACCAAAUGAUGACUGCCAAGACCGUAGACAAAAUUCCAGUAACUCUCAGUGGUUUUGUGCAUCAGCUAUCCGAAAACAUUUACCCUGUGGAUGACAUCGCUACCACAUUGCCAACUUCGGUCACAAUCUUCCCCAAUGCUGACUUAGGAGGACCGUUUGACCAGAUGAGCAGUGUGACAGGAGAUGGAAUGAUCAAUGUUGACAUGAGUGACAAGAGAUCCCUGGAUCUGCCUUAUGCCAGCAGCUUUGCCCCAGCAGUUUCUGCUUCCCGCAAUCAGACUUUUACCUACAUGGGCAAAUUCUCCAUCGACCCUCAGUACCCAGGAGCCGGCUGCUAUCCGGAAGGGAUCAUUAACAUCGUGAGCGCUGGGAUCCUGCAGGGGGUCAGCACCCCCUCUUCAUCGGCCACUUCUUCCUCCACGGCAUCUUCUGCCUCCCCCAACCCGCUGGCCAGCAGCGCUCUGAGCUGCAGCAUGGCUCAGAACCAGCCCGGAGACCUGGAGCACCUGUACUCACCUCCGCCUCCCUACUCGGGCUGCGGGGAGCUCUACCAGCAGGACCCCUCCUCCGCUUUCCUGCCCGCCUCGGCCGGGGGCUCCCUGCCCUACCACCCGCCCCCGUCCUACCCUUCCCCCAAAGCGGCCGCGGACGGCGGGAUCUUCUCCAUGAUCCCGGAUUACCCGGGCUUCUUCCCGCCCGCCCAGUGCCAGCGGGAGCUGCACGCCCCGCCCGAGCGCAAGCCCUUCCCGUGCCCCCUGGACUCCCUCAGGGUCCCGCCGCCGCUCACGCCGCUCUCCACCAUCCGCAACUUCACCCUGGGCGGCCCGGGGGUCGGGGCUGCAGGGGCAGGCGGGGAAGGUGGGCGGCUGCCCGCCAGCGCCUACAGCCCGCACAACCUGCCCCUGCGGCCCAUCCUGCGGCCCCGCAAGUACCCGAACCGGCCCAGCAAGACGCCGGUGCACGAGCGGCCCUACCCGUGCCCGGCCGAGGGCUGCGACCGCCGCUUCUCCCGCUCGGACGAGCUAACGCGGCAUAUCCGCAUCCACACCGGCCACAAGCCCUUCCAGUGCCGCAUCUGCAUGCGCAACUUCAGCCGCAGCGACCACCUCACCACCCACAUCCGCACGCACACGGGCGAGAAGCCCUUCGCCUGCGACUUCUGCGGCCGGAAGUUCGCCCGCAGCGACGAGAGGAAGCGCCACACCAAGAUCCACCUGCGCCAGAAGGAGAGGAAGGGCGCGGCCGCCCCCUCCUCCUCCAGCGGGGCCAGCGCCCAGGCCGCGCCCCCGCCUGGCGCCGUGUGCGGCGGGAGCAGCGCCGCGGGCUCCGGGAGCCUGGCUGCCUGCGCCUCCAGGACCAGGACGCCCUGAGGCAGCCCCCUGCGCGCGCACUCUUGCCUGCUCCCGGGCGCCACGGCUUAGCGCCGAGCCCGGCCCGCCCUCGCACCUCCCGCCCCGGCCGCCGGAGAGGGGCAGAGGGGCUGGGGACUGACUCUGCAGAGCGCGGCCUGGCCUGGCCUGGCCAGCCCGGGGGGCACCGUGUAUGCUCGGCCGGCGGCGGGCUCAACCGCUGUGCACUUUAUAGCUUCGUUCACUGCCCUGGGACCGAUGUGCCGUGAGGAGGAAGCGGGGACGGGCACGGGCCCUUGACUAGUAAUCCAGGCGGUUGCGUGUGAGUCUAAAUCCUUUCAGCAAUAUCAGUGCAACUGACUUGGAGCGCAGAAGUGCAAUCUGAGUGGACGGGACAAGGGACAGGUGGUUUCCAGAGUUUUAAAUGGCUAUUUUUCAGCGUAUAUUCACUCCGAUUUUGUGUAUUUUUUGAUGUGCACUGUUGAGUUCUCAGCCUUUGGGGAAGGGGGGAGGCAAAGCAUUUGUGUGAUCUAUCAAAAUGAGCGUCAGAGAAGUUAAUUUAUUGAAGGUGGGAUGUACGUAUAUUCUCUGCUGUUAGGAUGCAUGCAAACGUGUUGAAGUGUCCUUGGUGCCUUGUGUGAUGUAGACAGUGUUUCAAUGUCUGCAUGUAGAUGGGUUGCCUUAUUAAUUACGACAGAAACAUGUUCAGUCCCUGAUCUUAGUAUGGCUGUACAUUUCUGCCCAUUAAUAUUUGUAUUUUUUAGAAACUAUAUUUUUGUACGCACUGUUUUUUGUGACUUAAAAGUGUUACAUUUGUAGUCAGAUUUCAGAUGAGGAUGUAAAUCAUCUUGCUAGAGCUGGCACAUCAAUUGUCCGCUCGGAACAAUAGCUGAAAUAGAAAUGGUAUAGUCUAAUAAUGCACAACCACUAACCAGAAUUCGAAGGAGAGAUGGUUUCUUUAUGAGUAUUCUGUAAAUAAAUACUUUUUCAACAAUAGGUUCGGUGCUUAACUCGUUUAUAAAAGAAGACAUAUCUUGAUGCUAAGUUGAAAACUGUUCCUUUAGGUUUAUACAGACCAAGGCACUGGUCAGUCACCUCCAGUAGGUAUAUGACAUUUAUUUUAGGUGACUCACAGUACAGUUCUACUGUAAAAUACAUCAACCACUCAUCUGUAUUUUAGAUUCUGAGUGAAAUACUGGCCCAAUCGAAGCUAAUGACACCCCUCUCCCCCAUCCAGUGAUUUCAGUGAACCCAGGAUUUCACCCUGUAUGUCUGUAGCCUUCCGUCUCCAAAAGAGCUCGGGACGUGUGGUUUUGGUACGUAGACUUUGUAAUGAUUGUAAGUUUUUUGGUUCAAAUAAUAGACGCUAUUUCCGAUUAGGGAGACUCGCCAGCACAACCCCCCCCCCCUUAUUUUUUUCUGCACUGUGCCAAACUACCCCGUACGGAAAUGCAAACACUCCCCCGUCCCCAGUGUACAAACAAGCAACUGGUAGAGCGGUGGGGACUUCCCCUAGGAAUAAAUAGAAAUGCUAAUCUAAAGCGGUGAACUGUAUUUUGACUCAUUAUUGUUCCGUGAUUUAAA